GAGGCUGGAUUUGAACUUAGAAAGAUGAGUCUUCCACCCUCAAGACUGGCACUCUAUCUAUUGUGUCACCUGAUUCCCUGGGAUAGAGCCUAAGAUCCCUCUAAGUUUUUAGAUGAUAGAUAUUUUUAAAAAGAGGUUUUUGUUUUUUCAAAAAAGAAAGAAAAAAAGCAUUUUCUUAUGGAGGUUUAAGUAGCAAUUAUUAUGGGCUGAGAAAGGAACAAUAGGAAUUGUACUUAAAUUGCUUUCAGAAGGUUGAAGUUGCAUAUACAGAAAGCUUUGAGGAAGAAAGACCAGUCUGACAUUUUAGCCAAAUAAAUCUCAUGAACUGGAUUUUUGCCAAGAGUAGCUCCCCCUUUUGUGUGUAGACAAAUCCUAAUGGUUGGUAAACCCUGGCACUGGCCAUGGUAUCUCUACAAAUUGUUAUGUUUUGAUUUCUUUGAUUUCCUACUUAGGUUUAUAUUUUGGGUGGCAGACAAUACAACUGGCACCAUAAACAGAGCAAAUCUAAAUGGGACCGAUAGGAAGAUUCUGAUGAAGAGGUCACAAACAAUUAAAAUGAUCUCACUGGAUAUCAUCGCCCAGAAACUCUUUUGGAUCCAGGACAGCAGUGAAGAGAGUGAUCUUCAUGUUGGCUCAUGCGAUUAUGAUGGUGGCUCUGUCCAACUGUUAAGUCAUUUUACACAGCACCAUUAUUUUGGGAUGUCUCUCUUUGUUGAAGACAUGUUCUAUUCAGAAUGGAAUAUGAGUUCCAUUUGGAGAGCCAACAAAUACACAGGGGAGAAAAUGGUUAAAAUGAGCCUUAAGCCAUCAUUUUUACCACCAACUGAAAUCAAAGUAGUACACCAAUUCCUGCAGCCUACAGCAAGAAAUGAUACUCAGGUUUCUGAGCAAGCAUCAUGCAGCUUCAAGAAAGACGACUGCAGGAUCAGUGUGUGUGGGCAGGACCCUAAAUCCCAUCGAUGCAAAUGUGCAGAAGGUUACACAUUAAGCCAAGAUGGGAGGUAUUGUGAAGAUGUCAAUGAAUGUGCAUUUUGGAAUCAUGGAUGUACUCUUGGGUGUGAAAACAUCCCUGGAUCUUAUUACUGCACUUGUCCCAAAGGGUUUGUCCUGCUUUCUGAUGGGAAAAGAUGUCAUGAGCUAGUUUCCUGUGUAAGCAACAACACUGGCUGCAGCCAUGGAUGUGUCAUGACAUCAGAUGGUCCCACGUGUUUUUGUCCUGAAGGAUCAGUGCUUGAGAAAGAUGGAAAAACAUGCAGUGGUUGUUCAUCACUAGAUAAUGGUGGAUGCAGCCAGAUUUGCACCCCUUUAAGUCCAGUGUCAUGGGAAUGUGGUUGCCUUCCUGGAUAUGAGCUACAGCAGGAUCAAAAGGGCUGCAAGGCUACAGCAGGACCCCAGCCCUUCUUGCUGUUUGCCAACAUGCAUGAUAUUCGACGCAUCCACUUUGACGGGACGAGUUAUGAAAGCCUGCUCAGCCGGCAGAUGGGAGUAGUCUUAGCUUUAGAUCAUGAUCCGGUUGAAAAUAAGAUUUACUUUGCACACACAACACUGAAGUGGAUAGAGAGAGCUAAUAUGGAUGGCUCAAAGCGUGAAAGACUCAUUCAGGAAGGAAUAGACACACCGGAAAGUCUUGCUGUGGACUGGAUUGACCGUAAACUCUAUUGGACAGACCAAGGGAAAUCUCAUAUUGCCAGAAGUGAUUUGAAUGGAAAACACAAUGAAGUAAUCAUUAAGGAGGAUGUGUCUCAGCCAAGAGGAAUCGCUGUUCAUCCAGUGGCCAAGAAAUUAUUCUGGACUGAUUUGGGGAUUAAUCCGAAAAUUGAAAGCUCUUCUCUUCAAGGCAAUGACCGGCAGAUUAUAGCUAAUACUGAUCUGAUCUGGCCUAGUGGAAUAACGAUUGAUUAUGUAGCCGACAAGUUGUAUUGGUGCGAUGCCAAGCAAUCUGUUAUUGAAACGGCCAAUCUGGAUGGGUCGGGACGCAGAAGACUUUUCCAGAAUGAUGUAGAUCACCCGUUUGGUGUGGCUGUGUUCGAGGAUCACAUCUGGUUCUCUGACUGGGCUAAGCCGUCACUAAUAAGGGUGGACAAGAGGACUGGUCAAAACAGGGUACGUCUUCGAGGCAGCAUGCUGAGACCCUCCUCCUUGGUUGUAGUUCAUCCUUUGGCAAAACCAGCCAAUAAGAUGAAUCUAAGCAAUGAUACAACACCACUUGGGAAUGUGACGGGCAGAAAAUUUGAAGAUAACAUCAGGAAGGAGCAACAGCCUCAAAAUGGGCUAGUAGCUGAAAUCAUGGUUGCAGAUGAGGAUGACUGUGCCCCUGUGGGCUGUGGUGUGAACGCUCAGUGCAUUUCAGAAGGAAAGGAUGCUCGGUGUCAGUGCUUGGAAGGAUUCUCCAGGAAUGGAACCCUCUGCUCUGAUAUUGAUGAAUGUGAAAGGGAUGAUGUGCUCUGUCAGCCAGAAUCAUCCCAGUGCAUCAACACUGAGGGCAGCUAUGUCUGCAAGUGUUUGGAAGGCUACAGCGGAGAUGGACUGAACUGUUCUGACAUUGAUGAGUGUGAAAUGGGAGUACACACGUGUGGAGAAAAUACCAUCUGUAAAAAUACGGAGGGGGGCUACAUCUGCGUCUGCUCUGAUGGGUCGAGUGGGCCAGGAUCUGUUUGUCCUGAAUCUGUUCGGCCCAGGGAUGACGCUUUCUCUCUCAUCAGAAACAGGAAUACUGAGUGCCCACCACCGUAUGAUUCAUACUGCCUUCAUGGAGGAACGUGCGUAUAUGUUUCAGAGCUAGAAAACUAUGCAUGCAAAUGCAUGGUUGGCUACGUUGGGGAGCGCUGUCAGCACAGUGACCUGAGAUGGUGGGAGAUGAGGAACACAGGCAAAAAAAUGAAGCAGAAUGUCACCGUGGCCAUCUGCAUCGUUGUACUGGCUCUGCUUCUCUUUCUGGCUUUGGGAGUCACUUACUAUUACAGGACUCACAAGCUCCCUAAGAAGAAUCCAGCUGCUGAGAUGACCAGGGAAACCACCAAUGCCAAUGGCAGUGCACCUGGAGAGAAUGUGACGCUUCCCAAUCACCAGCCUUGGGUUUUCGUUGUAAAGGAACAACCAGACUACUCUGUUGGAAGUCAUCCAGUGUCCUUCAUAGACUGCCAGGCAACAAAUGGUGGCCAGCCUUCCCCUCCUGAACCUGGAUCCGUAUGUCUGCCAUCUUGGAACAAAGAAAUGCAGGUCUUAAGAGGGAUGGAGAAAGUCAAAGGCUACCACUACCAGCUCUCCAAAGGCAAUGAGACUUGUCCUCAGGAAACAGAGGGAAGCCCUCAUCACCUUCCUUCAAGAGGCGGCCCUCUUCAGAGAGCCUCCCUCCCUCAUUCCAGCUAACUCUCUACAGCAUCUGGAUCAAAAGAACCAGAAUGUGCUGUGCCAAAUGAGACUGACUCAGUAAGGUACUAGACUUAAAAAAGAAAAACAAAAUUGUUGUUCUAUAAAAUGAAGGUCUUGGACUCUGUGAUCUCUUGGACUCUCUGGUCUCUAAGGUUCUUUCUAGCUUUUAAUCUCAUGAGCCUGGAAUUCUAACAACAUAAGAAACAUUUCCCAUUGGAAAUCAAAGGAGAAAUGAAAAGCAGAUGUCCAUGUUUGUCUCUACACCCAAAAACCUGGUCCCAGUGUCACUGUGCUGGAGGCAAAUAAUGGAGUAGUUUUCUUCUUUUCACCUCCAAUCUCACAACUCGCCCCACUUGCAGAUCCUAAGAUGCUGGAGAAUCAUAAAGGAACUCAUUAGAAACAAACCCAAGAGAAAAUCUACUGCUACAGCCUUGGCUUAAGUCCUGGAUGUACAAGGUUGUCUUUCUCCUGUCAUCAGAAGAAGUGGAAAUGGCUGGAUUCCACCAUGGGUGUCAACUCAAGGGUUAUAGAGUAUUUUUUUACAGAAAGUUAUCAGAACGUUUAAUUUUUCCAACCAGCUCAAUGCUGGAAAGUGACUUAGUUAUUCCAGUUUCUGUUGGAAGAAGCUAAGGAUGCUUAACUUAUUUUCAGCAUGGGCCAUUGCUGGUAUUUUUAUACAGUGGAUUUGGGAGCAUAUGGUGAAGAAUGCAGUACUUAGAAUCUAAGAUGGGCUAUCUCUUCAGAUAAGGGAUUUAUGUUGUUUGUAAUUAUAAUUUUAAAAUUAUGUUGGUUAUGAUCUUUAAAUAUUUUAAUUUCUGAAUCAGAUUGUGGGUGUGCCUCAUUUGAUCAAGAAUUUUCAAUGCCUUCUAUUGCUUCUUGGCUCAUCACCAAACAGUACUAAGAAAAGAAAAAGAUGAGUCCUUUGAUGGGUUUUCACAAAACUUUUUGCUUGUUUUUCAUUGUGUGUAAUAUAGAAUUGUAAACCAAGAGGAAAAUUUAUUUUUAUCAUGGAGAAUAAUCAAUAAUUUUUAAUUAUUUAACAUGUAAAUAAACCAACCAUAAGAUUAAAAAAAUAACUAUUGUACAUAAGGGUAUCAGUAUCCAGUCAAAUCCCAGAAGUUAUUGAAGUUGAACCGAUAUGAAUUGCUAAGACUGAUGUUAAGAUCUCUAACAUAAUUGAAAUCCAGAUGGAUUUACACUUAGGGCAAGACUCAAAAGAGCAUAUUUAAUUAAAUUCCCAUUAUACAGCCAAAGAAUUGUUAUCACUGAGAAAAGAGACAGGCUCACUCCACUCUGGAUCAUUUAUGUUGUGGGGACAAUUAGAUGGCUUGUAUAUUGGCUAA